AUGACUCCCGAUUUUCUGCUCUUGCACAGCUCAUCGCAAAUGAUAGUGGAGCUGCAGCACCUGAUCGCUCUUCUACACCAUGCAAAGUGCCCCAAACUAAAGCCGACGUCCGUGCUGAUUGGCACACACCCGCCGGAAUUCAUGCCCGGCGUGCAACAAGACAGCUCCGAGUACCUUGGACAUUUGCUUAAUAUGCUCCAUGAGCACGAGGCGAUCAUGGGCUGGGAGUGGCCCAACGUAAGCACCAUUACACUUAGCGAUCCAAUGAUACCCCUCGAUCUGGUUAUACCCUACAGCGAUGAGAUGUCCAUUACCAACAAAUCCUUCGCCGGCAAGCUGUCCACCCUAUACAAAUGCCUCAAGUGCCGCCACGAGAGCCGCAACUCGAACAGCUUCCGUGAGCUGCAGCUCUCGUUCCCCCAGGGAAAGAUCACCAGAAGAACCAAGUUUACAGUGCAGGCACUGCUCGACUUAUACUGUGCGUCUGAGCCCCUCGAUGGCGACAAUCAAUACGCCUGCAUCUGUUGCGCGAAGCUCUGCAAUGGCGAGCGCUCCAUGAAGAUUACAGGAGCACCUCGCAAUAUCAUCCUCACCAUAAAGCAGUUCAACUACGAUAGGCAGACCCAUGAGCGCACUAAGGUUUUGUAUAAAGUGAUCCAUGAUGAUAUGAUCACACUCAAUCUGUGCGACGGUGCUUCACUGCAACAGACAUAUACGGUGCACUAUAGCCUGUAUGCAGCUAUUGUGCACAAUGGUUAUACCCUGGACUCGGGUCACUACUUUGAUCUGGCCAAGGAUGAAAUGAACAACUGGUUCAAAUUCAAUGACAGCAAGGUUGUAAGGUCGAAGCCAGAAGAUAUUAAGAAGCUGCGAUCCCCAAACACGGCCCAUUUUCUUCUCUAUCAGUUGAGCGGGCGAGUGUGCAUGGCCCCUCAGGAGGGUGUGCCGAUUAUAAUGCCAGUGUCAGCUGUGGCGCCACUGGAAUUAGAGGAACUACCACCCGAGCUUCGUGACUUUGUCAAGCGUAAUAUUGAAAAAUUGGACAGGACCCGUGAUAAUCGCACUACUACAGAGGGAUUAUAUAUGCAAUUUUUGCGUUCCAUUAUAUAUUUGCUAUCAGCUGAUGGCCUCUAUAUAUAUAUAGUGUAUACACGUUGUUUAGACGUACAUCGAAUAAAUUGA